CCUAGACGGCUGCCUCCCCGUCCCAUUCCGGCGUCGAUCUGCUCCGCUGUCUAUCCGCGCCGCCGACCUCCUCGCAUCGCCGAUCCAAAAAACCGUACUUCCAAAAUAAGCAAGCGAAACCUCCGGAACCAGUGUUCGGCCCAAGGCCCAUCUCUCCUCUACGUCCGGCGGCGGCGCAUCCCGGCCUCGCGCUCCGGCGGCGGCGGCCAGUCUGAGGCGGAGCGGCACCGCGGCACGGGAGGGCAGGGCGCAGCGGCGACGGCGAGGAAGCCAACCGGGCGCGGCAGCAAGGGAGACCGCGUCUUGUCUGCACGGCUCCAUUAGCGGCUGGAGGUGGGACUGGAGCCGGGAGACCCAACUAGCGUCCACCGCCUCUCCGCCACCGCCGCCGCCGCCUCCCGCAACUUAGGGGGUUUUGCUGCGCCGGCGCGGCUCCAAUCCGCUCCGGGGCGGACCUCGCCGGUCGACGGCCGCCAUGGGCUUCGCGCGCGUGGAGCUGCGGUGCCCUAGGGCCCUCGACCCCCGCCCGAGCUGGACCCUCGGCGACGUCCUCACCGAGCUCGACGCGCUCGAGGCCACUCGCCGCACCGCGCAGCCCACGCCCCUCAAGCAGCCGCCGGAGUGGGCUAGCAGUGGCAGCGUGAGGGAGAAGGCCUUUGUGAUGCGGGUUGAAGAGGAAGAUGACACGGAUGAGGACGAUUACGACAGUGAUGGGGAGUCCCGGGCUCUUGUGGCCAAGGCCACUGGAGCAAGGUUCUCAUGCAAUGAUCUUGAAUCCAGUGAUGCUGAAGAAUCAGAGGAUGAAAUGGAUGGCAGGAUUGCACCAUAUCACCUGAUGGAGAAACGGAGCCUAGAGAAGAGCAUUCUGCUUGAGCUGGAACGUGAGCAUCAUCUGAAAGUUCAAGAGGAAGUCAGAAGUAAACUAUCUGCAUUGGAGGUAUGCCACCAAAGUGAAAUCCAGCGAACAGUUUCUGCAUUUGCUCGACUACAGAAAUACGCAGAAUCAAGAAAAGAGAUAGACAGAAGGCUAGAUGUCCACUUCCAGAGAAAAAUUGCAGAAGUACUUGAUAAACAUUUGUCUAUGGUCCAAAGGGAUCAUGAACAGAAAUCGCAAAUUGUGGAACGUAGAAUAAGAGAUGAUGCUGCUCUUGAAGAAGCUAAAAGAAAGGAGCAAGCCAUGAAGGACGAAAAAAUAAGGCAGGAAAGAGCCAAACAAGAAGCAGAGGCCAGACAGAAGGCAGCUGCAAAGUUAGCAGUGGAAGCACAGAAAGCAGCAGCUGAGGCUGCUGCAAAGGAAGCAGCAGAAGCUCAGAAAGCAGCAGCUGAGGUUUCCAAAUCCAGCCAAAAUUCUCAGAACAACGUUGCAGGAACAAUGAGGGCAAACAAGAGUGAAAUUAAAUCUGAAUUACCAGGGAUCAAAGUCUUUGCUGAUCAUUCUGCACUGGAAGCAGAAUUGCGGAGGCGUGCAUUACUUGAUCAAGUGCCAGCGAACAUUCAUUCCAGCAAGGAGUUCAGCAGAUAUGACCGACAAAUUGCAAAAUCUAUUGGUAAACUUAUGCCGACUACUGACAGUGUAAAAGCAAGGGCUGGUGAGCUUAUUAAAGCUUUGGAUGGACAGGAUUGCCCACGUCCAAUUGCUUGCCGUAUAUUUGCAAACAAGAUUAUUUCAAUCGUCAAGAGUAGAAAUACAAAGGACAAAACAUUUGGAAAUUUGGCCUUUGCUUGUGGAUAUGUCAUGCUUCUAGUCACCAGCCAGGUACCAGAUGCAAUGGAUUAUCUUCUAGCUGAGUUCCACAGAGUUUGCAUGUACACAGUUCCAAAGCAUCUGCAUGCUUUAAACGCACAAGUACGGAAUAGAGAUUAUUACAGACUGAUUGGCUACCAGGAAGAAAAUGGACAACUCGAGAGCACUGAAAGUUAUUUGACAUAUGUUGCCGCAUACGUCAAGCUGUAUGCUGCAAUGAUUCAGACCGAAAUUAGGGGCGUGCGGCAUCCACAUGGCUUAGCUGAGGGGUGGAAAUGGCUUGCCAUGUUCCUUAAUACUCUCCCGGCCACCACAGCAACUGCUUGUGCCCUUCAUGCUUUCCUCAAGGUUGCUGGUUUUGCACUUCACAAGAAAUACGGAUCACAGUUCAUGAAACUUCUAGAUGUAAUAUUGCGGUGCUUCUUACCCGCUUUGAAGGAACAAGGCUCACGAAUUCAGGCUGAGGCUGCAAGUAAUCUACAGAAUUAUCUGACUGACAAGGUUUACCUUGAGGAACCAGAAGGCCAGUACCUUGCGCAACAGCUUCUAUCUAAAGAGUUGUUCACGUGAGGAUCAGACACCAGAUCAGCAUGGCGAUGUGGCACUGCACACUGGCCAAGUUUGUCACCGCGGUUAGCAAUGGCUGUUGCCAGAUAAUGCUCUAUGUGUGCAGCAAGACAUUUCAUACUGUCCAAAUGGAGCAACCUGCACGGUUAUAUGAUGGCAGAGAAGGCCAGAAUCGCCCUGAAGAAAUGUCUUGGAUUGCGCCCCCAAGGUCUCCCUUUUUAAGCCACCAAUUUUAAUGUAUAAAUGCCAUGUACGAAUACUAUAGAUUAGAUGCGAUGCAAUUUGUUGUACGCCUGUAUUGAGGGCGAGCCUGUAAUUUAUUCGAAGUAAAUGUUACUCUGGACAUGUGCUGUCUUAUAUAAUCUGUUGUACGCUUGUUGCCAAACUAGUAAUCUCUCUUGUGGGAACAAUGAAGUCUUCGUAGAUUACUGGCGUAA